AUGGCUUCUGGUGUGGCCCUAAGUGCUUCACCGGUCGGCACGGAUGAGGCAGGACGAACGGUGUGGCAAAUCGCUGCCGCCACUCCUACAUCUGGGGCAGCUGUAUCAGCCUUCACGGGUACAGCCACCCUUGUCGCGGGCUCCUCUGACUCGUAUAUGCUUUACGACAACACCUCGCUCGAUGCUAUGUUCGGCAUGUCAUGUUCGGUGGAGGACGGCAUCGCGCUGUGCGAGCUCAUUGGCACCAAUGCAACGACAACCUCGUCAGGAGAAGUCGUCCGUACAACAUUCGUCACAACCACUACUACUAUCACUGUGACGACACGGACGGUGCAGGGAGGGACGGGCACGGGAACCAGCUCUCUUCCGCUGAUCACCUCGCUGAAUAGUGGAGUGUUGCCGCCUCUGAUCUCGACGGGAAAUGCUACUGCGACUUCUACCUCGGCCACAAAUGUAACGUUCUCUGCCAACUCGACCGUUACGUCUGCGACUACCACCCUCUCACCAUCCGCAGUCCUCAUCACCGCAUCUGUAUCGACCUCCUACGCAAAGCCAACUGCCCGAGCAACACGUCGAAAUGCAAUUGGAAUAGGCAUAGGGUUUACAGCCGUUGGACUGAAGAAGGAUAGGUUUGGCCAAGAUUCUGAACAGCAGGAUUGGGCUUGA